UUUCUUUGGUGGAAGCAGAUGGUUCUUUCAAAAGUCCUUAGUUGGUUUCUUAGGAAGCUUCUAAGUCUGGUAUUUCCAGGGAUAGAUGUCUCUUCUGUUGAUUUCGAUUGGUACAGUGGACUUGUUGUUAUUCAAAAGGUUUUUAUUCCUGGCGAACACUUCCAAGUUAUCCCCCCUUUGUUGCCAAUGCACUUAAAGGCUGUGUACAUUGGAAAGCUUCUUCUGAAGUUUCAGCUAAAGUCCUGGUUUUUCCACAAUAUAGAAAUUGCAAUUCAGGAAGUUUCCUGUUGUCUGGAAACUUUCUCCAUAUCGGAGCUAUCAGAACUUGAAUUUGAAACGUAUAGCCGAAGUUUACGGGCAUUUUACUUGAAGCGAAAAAAGAAACGUUUAAAACUAUUGGAUAAGCAAUUGAGAGACUAUUUUUUUAAUCCACAACAAGUACCCGACGAUUCUCUGCGACAGCUGUUGGUGAAGUCUGCAGCGAAAAUAUUUGCGCAAUUCAAGGUAACAGUCGAAAAUCUUCAUAUCCGUUUAGAGGACUGUCAUACAGCUUUGAGUGGUCCGCUCUGCUGUGGAGUUUUUGUAGAAAAGUUAUUGGUUGAAAGAGCAUUCUUUAAGAGCAGGCCUUUUGUUUGGGAUAUCAACUCUCUGGAAGUGGCGUUGGACAUUCAUAAAUAUAUUCAUCUGAAGAAUCUGAACGUCUAUUUGAAUUCGUACGAGUUUCCUAUAUCGCAUAUUAGUUCCGCUAGUCAGUUUUUGGAACAAAUGAAAAGAUCUGGAAAAGAGUCGCAGUGUCUCAUUUCUUCAUUUUGUGCCAAUGGAAGUCUCAAUUUGCUGUUUCCUCCUGUGGAUUUUUCAGAAUCUUUGAAAAUUUCCCUCGAUGUUCAAGCUUCCGAAUUGAAUGUGACUGCAAGUGCUGAGCAAAUCAGGUGUAUUUCGUACAUAGCCACUUACAUGGCAUUUCAUGUGCAGUUGACACAGCGAAGACUAAAAAGUCACCUGCCGACUUGCAGACCUAAGAAAGAUUUGAAUAUUUCAGAAUGGUGGCAGUAUGCUUUGCGAUGUGUUGUUGAUCAGAUUAAUCUUCCCACCAGAAUUUGUCCGUUGUGUGUAAAAGCUUUGGAAUGCGUUGAUGGUGGCACUUUUUACACAUCUUCGAUAGGAUCUUCUCUUUUGCACAAUUCACAUUCUGAAAUACAGGAUAUGAUGCAAUUUGGGAAUCGCAGAAUUCUUAUCGCUGUAGUAUACUCCCUUAUAGUUCAAUCUCGUUUUAUUCGAAAGAAAACAUCGAAUAACAUUGUUUUGGAAAAUGUUUUAUUGGAGGAGGAGUUAAUUUUUGGAAGAACAGCUGCAUAUUAUCUUACUUAUCAGAAAGGAGAGUUUCCCAAUAUGAACGGAAUAUCUUCGAUGAAUGGUGAUUCCGCUGCAGAUGUAGACAAGGUACAAAAGUCUAAUCAAGUUGAGGAUUGUCAUAUGUUUGUCGAUUUUGUAUGGAAUUUUUAUCAGAGUAUUCAGAACAAGCCUACUUUCUUUGAAACAGCCAUAAAGUUGACACUGUCGAACCUGAUUACCGCUGCUUAUGAUUACAACGAAGAUGAUAAGAGGCUAUGCUAUCCUCUUUUAUCGUUGAAAGGUAAUGAUCUUGGAAUAGUUUUUUCAACUGCUCAGCAACUACCGAACGAUUGUCUAUCGAUGUAUGAAAGUAACAGCAAGCAUCCCAUGCUGGGAUACUUAUGGAUCAAUAUGGACUCACUAACUCUCAACUUAUAUGACGAAUAUUCUCCAACAUUUCAAAAACUUUCCACCAUUCAUUUCUUAUCUGGACGAGGAAACCCAUCUUUGAACUUGCUUCUUUGUCUGCAUAGAAAUUUUAGACUUGUUUGGGAAACUAAAAUGUUUCUUCAUACUGAAAAAUGGUUGCAAUGUUUAGCUACAAGAGAUGGUCCCUUCCUAUCCAUUGAUAUAUGUGGGAUUGAAGCAGAGUUGUCAUCGUUGGAUGCUCUCACAAGAGUUAUUCGAUUUUCAUUACAUUGUAUUCCCAGGAAGCCUAUUCAUUUGGAGACUCUCACACCUUUCAGAGUAUUCGGUCAGAAAGAAUAUUGGACUCAAAUUUGUCGCAAGGUUCAACAACCGAGACUAAAGCUUCGUAUAAACCUUGGUUCAGCAGAGAUUGACUUGCUCUGCAAAGAUAUUCAAUCCAAAACUUAUGUGGAAUUACAUAUGGAUAAAUUGAGCUUUCACAAUGCAUUGCCGACGACAACAAUCUCACCCUGUUGUGAAGAAGAUUGGCCAAGGAUAUAUCUGUAUCAAGAUUGGAUAAUAGAGUUUCAACGAGUCGCCGCAGAUUUUUCUCUUGAAUUUACAUCCACCGAAAAACUACGAAUUCUUCACCUCCAUUCAGAUCAUCCAUCUCAGUUGUUGUUUUCGACUUGUAGUAUCGCAUCGGAUCUUCAUUUGCCUUCUCUAAAUAUAAAUGCGAAUUCCAGCCUGUAUUUGGCAGUCGAUCUCAGUGAGUUUGAGGGAAUUUCCAAGCUCAUAAAGACUAUUCAAGAAAUCUUGGAGAAAGUUCGACACAGUUUGAAUUCAUCCAAAAGGUUGAUUUACACUCUAAUGGGUAAAAUUCAGCAAGGAAGUGUGCCAAUGAAAGGUUUGAUUGAGUUGUAUCAAGAUGGUCUAUUGUGUCUUUGCACCAACGGCCUUGAUAACGAUGCAAUAGUUUGCGAGCGUUUGAGAAACGUUGAAGUGGGAACAAACUGUCGUAUAGAUAAAGACACGUUAAAACUAAGGAAAAAAAUGGGGAAUGAAGAGUGCCUUUUCAAGCCAGACAGUGUUCAUUCAUUGGAAAGUUUCAUUCGUUUGCUCAGUAUGCAAGUUUCUGAUGAAAAACAUCCUUUUUCCGAACCAUUUCUUGCUUCACAAAAACGGAAACUAGAUUUUUGUAUUGCUCUUGACCUGACCUUGCAAUUAGAAUUGCCAGAUUCCCAUGUUGAGUCACAGGAAGAAGAAUAUCCCAGAAGCUUAAUUUGCCAACUUACAAAGUUGGAGUUACUUGGAAUGUUCUCAUCUGCGAAGUUUAAUUUGGAAGCCUAUUUGCAAUCGAUUAAGAUAUGGUAUGGUAAUCAAAAUUCCAGUCAAAGAGAAAUCCGUGUCGAGUUAUCCGCUCCUCCAAAGUUGCAGAAUGUGGAACCUACGAUAUCAAAACCUUCUUCUUUAUAUUUGCAGGCGACCAAAGAAACCACGUCAAACUUGUCAACAAAUUUUUUUAUAAAUGUUGCUCUGUGUUCUUUAAAAGGUGUAAUUUGGAGUAGUCAAAUUACUGAAAUAUUGGAAUUGUUGAAACAGAUGAAUUCUUUGUUGAACCCAGAUAGGAACGACAAGAACGCUCAGCAAACUUUGAAGAAAAAGUCUCAAGUUCAAUUCGGGUUGAAUUUACGAAUUUUUUCUAGUCAAGUUGAAUUUAUUUAUCCUAAUUUGUCUAAACGUUCAUCAACUUUGGCAGUUUUCCGAAAAUUGGCUUUGAGUUUCGAUGAACUUCAUUUUAGUUUGAAUACUUCAUUCAAGAGUGAGAAGUUACGAUUGUUUGCGGAUCUUGGACCUCAGACAUUAGUUAUUCACAGUCUGAUGGAGAAUAAUGCAGUGACAUUGGUUGCCGAAAGAGAAAAGAUUCUGAGUUUUCAUCCCAAAGACGACAAGUUGUUUCCAUUGCAUUUCGAUAUGUCUUUGAAUGCAGAUACUGAAACGCAAAAUACAUUGUUGCUCACAUUUCGUCUUUCUCAACUUCAUAGUUUAUAUAAUCACUUUGCCAUUAUGGACCUUGUAGUAGUUAUUCUUCGUUUCGUUGCUUUGGGAAAUAUGCGAAAUUCAAACAAAAAGAAGGACAACGUUACAAGCAUCCUUUUGAGUCUUCAUUUUACUAUCGAUAAUCCAACUAUCGGUAUUCCAUGCCUGGAUGACACUGAUUCGUUAUCAAACUAUCUGCAGUGCAACUCUCGUAAUGUCCAACUCGGAAUCAUGGUCAAAAAUGAAGGAGCAGGUUCACCUGAGAACAACGGCAAUCAUCAAGUUAGUAUUAUCAUUAAAGGCGAGGAUUGGAAGGUUGAUCAAGGGUUCGUUUUUCGCAGAGAAGCAAGAGACUCAGUUUUUAUUUUGGUUCCAUUGCUUUAUCCUAGUCAUAUGAACUUGAAUAUUUUAAUGGGAUCCUCUCAACCUCUAACCUUAUCUAUUUCUAGUUCUCAUUUGUCGAUACUUCUUAGAAAAGCUUCCAUAUUGGACAUCUUGCGUUUGGUGUUUCCGAUAUUUGUGACGUAUCCAUAUACGUUGUUGCAAGGGAAUAGUAAUUCUCCUAUGAAGGAACAACCAUCGACCAAUAAGAGUAUUUCGAUAAGACACCAAUUUGAUAGUAUUUCUAUCAAGUGGUUUGAUGAGAAUUCAGAAUUGCUCCUUCCAAACAGUGUUUUUGCCAUGGACAUGCCUUUGGAUAUUUUAGAAGAACUGGAAAAUUGGAGUCUUUGGAAUGAUUUUGUUGAUACUGAAUGGAUCAGAAAUGAGUUAUUAUCCAAUAACUUUAUAUUAGAAAUAUUUCUCGGUGGAAAGGUCGAUGAUAAAGUGCCUGGAACCAAACUUCAUAUGAAUAUAGCUUCGAAAAACAUUCACAUUGGAGAAUCAUACUCCUCAUUAUAUGAAUGGCAUUAUUUCUCACGAAUUUCUUCCCUAGUUACUAUUGGAAGUUUUGCGUUUUCUCUUUCGUUGGAUCCUUCAUCUUUUGGAAUACAGGUUACUUCAAAAGAUAACCAAUCCUUACAGUUGUUUUUGGGAAUGACCGGUACUAGACAGUUGGUAGCUAACAUCGUCUAUAUCGUUAAGGAAAUCCCAAGUUAUCUGAACAGCAUUCGUGGCGUUGGUAAUGAAGUCUACUCAGCAACUGCAGAUACUCGUAAUGACAAGCAGUUCACAUGGGAUAUCGACCUGCCAAUAGAGUUGCACUUUAUCGCUGGUAUAUCGAAAGCCAGGAAUGUGGAAAUCAAUGAUGGGUUUCAUGAGUUGAUUUUGAGAGUUAAUCCUAAUCUAAAGGGAACCAUUCAAGUAAGUUCAUUUUUGAUUCUUUUUGAAAAUGCAUUUACAUUCUUUCAGACGCAGCCUUAUCUGGAAAUUCAUGAGUUGUCUUGUCUGUUGCAUCAAUUUGUGUGUAUUCAUCGUUCUUGGAGUAUAUUUCAAGACAAGUCCUACAAUAUUAUCGUUCCUAUUGAAAUUUCUGUCAAGGUAAUGGUGGGACCAGAUGAGACAGCAUCAUCUUCGGUUAUUUCCAACAAUAUCAAUACAGACUCUGCAUCAAAAUCCAUUGUAUUUAGUAUGACAAGAGUAGAAGGAUAUUUGUUGAUGGAAGAUGUCGUUCUUAUUCUUUCCUGUAUUAAGGAAUGCAAGGACUCUUUUCAGUUGUCGAAUACUUCACAUACAGUGAGGAAGACGGAAAUGAAUAGAGUUCUAUCCGUACCUUGUUACAAGGAACAACUUUCAUACAAUCUGGAUAUUCAAAUGGAAGACAUUCGUCUCAGUCUAAUCAGCUAUGAACGAGGUUCUUCUUUUAGUAUUGUGGAGACAGUUGUUAGCAAUUUUCAUGGAAGUGGAAUGUUUUGGUCACUAACUAGCGAAUACUCUUUGCAUUUGUCUCUGUUAUUGAGACUUUAUCAGUUUGCAGUUGUACAUGGGACGUGGAAUAACCUACUAGAACCCUGUCAAGUCGAGUUUGUAGCUAUGAGGAAGUUGGAAUGUGCUGAUCGUAAACAACAAGUUCAUAUUUUGCUUGGAGAUGCAAUUCAAAUCACAUUGACAGAAACUUGGCUCCAUUCUCUAAUUUCAUAUAUCACGAGAUGGAAAGAUGUUUCAGUAUUGUUCUUCUCCAAAGUCUCCUUGAUAGAAUUGCAAAGAUUUGAAAGUCUGAUUAACAACAAUAGUAAGGAGAGUACAGAUAGCCAUUUACAAAGUGCAGAUUCGUCUUUGGAGUUUAAGCCAAGUCAUUCAAUUCGUUCUGUACUUAUCAGAAAUGGAACUGGUUUAGAUUUCAUGUUGACAGGAUGCAGAUGGGAAAAGGAAGACAUUUUAUUUUGUGAUGAUAUGAGAUUGGCAAGAAAUAGCGAACAAGUUAUUUAUAUACACAGUCGUUUUUUGGAUCGUAUUCAUCGAUGGGCAGACAGAGAUGAGUCUUUCACUGAUAAGUUGGAACAAUCUGUCAAACUAACCGUUACAUUUCUACCUAUUCCUUUAAGAGCUAAAGGGAAAAUACGUCUAUUUCAAGAAGACGUCUAUUUUCUACCGGUGUUUGAAAUGGAUGACUUGAAUGAAAUGGGCACUCUUUGUUUGCAAGUGUCUCUGUUGGAAACUCAAUGGGAGAUAGUCAUUCGUUCGGUCUUCAAGUUUGUAAACAACACCAACUUUGGAUUGUUAUUUCUUUUGGAAGACUCUGUUGGCAAUAUUUAUGAUCCAAGCCUAUCUUCUAGUACUUGUAGUGAUGUAAAUAAGAUAAUGUUGCAGUUAUAUCAAGUACCCAUUGUAGAGAAGGAUAGUCAGUCUGAAAUUUUUGCGUCACAUGAGAAAAGUUUGAGCGGUUCUGUUAUUCAAAAGGCAUCUUUUCUGAAUUCUGAUUCGAAUUUCAUUAUUCCUUUUGUAUUUUGUAGUUGGACGUGCUAUGUUCGAUUUGCAGUAGAGAGUUGGAAUGAUGAUAAUGAUGCAUUAGCUUCUCAUUGGAGUGUUUCAGUUCAGUUGAAAGAAGAAUUCAUUCUAAAAGAAAAACAUGUUUUAGUAUCCUUUCCAAUAAGAUGGACAAAACUUUUCGAGGAAGAUAUCGUUGCAGUUUCAUACAAAAGACAAGAGAAUAGUGUACAACGACAAAGUUCGGUUUGUCUUGCAGAAAGAAUAGAAGAAAACUCGCAUUCUUCGUCAAAGAGGGAUGGAUUCUAUAAAAGACCUAUGGAUGUGACAGGAGCAGUUUUAUUGCAGUGUUUAUCCUGUGGAGAAAUGAAGAUUAUGGCUCCUUUGCUUGUAAGGAACGAACUGGCAGUUGCAAUCUCUUAUCGAAUGUAUGUGGGAAGACAACAUAAUGGCUAUGUGUAUUGGAUCUCUUGGAAGGAACUUCAAGGACGUCUUCAACCAGGUGAAACCACUCAAUGCAGAAAGAAAUAUUGCCUGUAUUCAUCUUGUCUCUUAGCAAUCGAAUGGUUUCAGUUGGGUGAUCUAUCGGGAAUUUUUGUGGAACCUAAUCAAGUUCAUCAUUUUGAUAAUUUAUCAUCCUGGAAAAAGUUAGUCCUAUUUCCUAUUGAUUCUGAUUGUUUGAUUGACAGCUGGAACACAAUGGAGACUAAAAGAUGCCUCAAAGAACAUCAUGCUACAUUUUACCAUUCGGAUGGUCGACUAUUGCAAAUGCACUUUGGCCUUUUCCUAGGAGAGAACGAUUCUAGUUUACUUGCUCGUUUAAGCAGUCCGUAUUGGGUAUCCAAUUGUACUGGCUUACCAUUACUUUUCAGAGAUAUUUUUGGUAUAGCCAGUGGUAUUUCUUCUACUAUAGAAAACGUUCAUUCAGGUGUCGAAGAUACGUUCCCUGUUAUGAUGUCACUGAAUCAUCUUGACAAGGCUGGAAUGUUGCGAAUUGGUCGCAAAGGUCUUCAUUACAUUUCGAUUUGGAUACCUGAAUGUCCUAAGAGUCGUGCAAUUCCUGUCAGUAUUUUGGGUUAUCAUUCUGUAACACUGAAAGUUGCUUAUUCAUCUAUUUAUCGAAUACCCAAACUUUCUAUUUAUUCCUCGUUACGAAGAGGACUUUUUGAAGCGGCUGCAUUUCUUCGUUUAAGUGUCUAUACGCAGUUUCAUCCUUCUUAUGAAGAUUCCAAGGCAUUAUCGAUUUUGCCUGAAACCCUUUUUUGUUUUCAACUGGAAGAACAAGACUUGGUCAAUGACCCGCUCAUUCAAAAGUUUGCUUCAUUUGGAGUCGAAAUGGAUCAUGUGGCUCUUCAUGGUGUCUAUCUUGGUCAUAAUGGGCGCAAAACAGACAGACGGAUCGAGUCUGAGACUCACGCUACACGCAAGCUAUUUCAGUGGGUUAGUUUAAAGGACAAAGUGCCUCUGCUUUUUCAAAAUAUGCCGACAAGAAAACGAACAAAAUUAUGUAUUCGGAUUGGGUUCCGAAUGUCUCGUAAAUAUGAAGAGGAAGGAUAUGAAACUCAGUCAAUUUCCGUUUCUUCCGCACAAGACGAAGUGGAGAGAAACGGUGGAAACUAUGUUUUUCUUUGGAGUGAUUGGUUUGCUGUCAACGCUCCUUCAGAGUUUACUGUCGCUGUAAAUAUUCCUAAAGAAAUGGAACAAUUAAAACGCAUUGAAUCUCUACAAGUUUCAGAUUCUAUUUGGAAAAGACCCCACACUGUUUUUGAUUAUCCUUAUCCAGAAGAUUUUAUGUUGGAUAGGAUAUUUUGGAUGAUAAGGACUUCACGGGAUCCUUCAACGAGAACACAAUUCAUCAUAUUGAAGAAAGCUUAUUCACAAACGAAGACAGAAAUCAAAAACUGGACGCUAUUUUUGAUUGCAUAUGGUCAAGAAAAGUAUCUGCAUGACAUCAGACUUGUUCCAUCUCAAACAAGUGAACGAUUGAUAUGGAGCGAUCCUUUAGCAACAAGGGUCAUUUCUCUAUUCGUUCAACAUCGCCAAGGCAUUUCUAAAUUUCGUCUGAAUAUCAAAGAUAUGGGUACUCAAGUUCUUACGGAGCAAUUAAUGAGUAACGAUGCAUCAGACUCUUCUUUUUAUCAAUUGAAUGCUACAGUAGAACUACUUGGAAGAGUUUUGACCAUUCGAUUGGAAAGUAUACGCAAAGAGACUUAUGACUGGACACAUUCCCUAUACUCUUCGGUAGCACAACGUUGGAAUUUUCUAGUUCCAUGGAAACGAAGUAAAUAUUUAAAGGUUGCCACCCCCAAGUCGACAGCAGUUGUGGAAUCGACAGAAACUAGUCAAGUUUGUUCCUUCCAUUUUCAAGUGACGAUUCCGUUCAUUGGCAUAUCUUUUAUAGACGAUGAGGAGCUUUGGGAAGAGUGUUUUUACAUUUCUUUAUCGAAUUUAUUGUUUUCUUUAAAACAACAGUCAUCCAUAAGGAAAGUAGAGAUGACAGUAUCUCAUUUUCAAUGUGACCAAUCUAUCACCUUAAGUGAUAGUCCCGUAUUGUUAGCAUCUCUGCAACAUCCCUUUCUCUUCAUAUUUCUAGAAAUGCAGUCCUUUGAAACCGUCAAUCACUACCAUCAAAUAGAUGUUUUGGUAUCUGAAUUUGCUUUGAAGAUGGAUAAUGAACUGUUGUUUCGGCUAUUGGAGUUUAUUAAGCAAAGAGCCAAAUAUUUUAGUCAAGCAUUGGAUAGUUUUCAUAUUUUGGAAGACGUUUGGUUGUCUCGAGGGGAUUCUUUGCCAUCAGUAGAGCAAGUAUUUACAAAGUUGAUUUCGCCUCAUUUGAAUCGUACCGACACACCUUCUUAUUUUGAACAUGUCAUAUUGCAUCCUGUAGCUUGUCGUUUUUCAUUUACUAUGAAAGGUAGUUUUGAAAGAGGUUGGUUGCCUUUUAUGGAAUCGUGGAUGAGAAAUACUGGUCUAUUAUUGGGUGAAAUUGAAGAUAAUCUUUUAUGGGUUGAUCAACUCGAGUUGAACAAUGCUGUCGAGACAUUAGAUGGUUUGAGUCGCAACAUUUUGUGGCAUGUUAUCAAGUCUUUAUGGAGCAACAUGUUUACUGCUCUUGGUGGUCUUUCUGCUCUCGGUGAUAUGACUAGCACAGUAUUACAUUUGCGUCAAGGAACCUUGCAGUUUUUUGUAGAACCGAUAAGAGGAAGCUUAACUGGUGAGCCUCAUUCCCUAUGGAGAGGAGUUCAUAGAGGAACCAUUAUGUUGGGACGUUCUUGUAUUUAUAGUAUAGCUCAACCAGUCAGUCGUCUAAGCUGGGCUUUAGCAAAGGGUAUUGCCUACGGAAGUAUGAAUCGUGCAUUCAUUUCUACUUUAAGUGCACAUGAAGAAGAAUGGAAGCAUGCAACGGAUAUUUGGAAUGGGACUUUGAUGGGAUUACAAAGAUGGCGCACGUGUUUAAGUUACAUGUGUAAUGUUCCAUUUGGCGAAAGUGUUUCUCGUGAUAGCGAUGACUCAUUUGCAACGGAUACUUCUUCUUCUUCUUCAAUGGCAGCCGUUACAAGCAUUGUUUCUUUACCUCUUUCUGGAUUUUUCUUUUUUAUUUCGAAUGUGGCUGAAGGGACAAGAAAUAUGACAGGAUUGCAGGCCACAGAAAGUGAAAGAAUUCGGUUACCAAGAUAUGUGAUGAAAGGUUAUCCUAUCAAGAAAUACGAUCCUUAUGCUGCAAAGGGUCAAUAUUUACUUCGACAAACCGAUCCUCAACGACGUGAACGAUACAUCAUGCAUAUUCAACACGAGGAUUGGGAACAAGACAUUCCUUAUCAAACCUAUUUCAUUUUAUCUACGAGUCAUAUAACCGCAUUGAAACAACAAACAAAGGAUUCUUCUCGACAUAGUCCAAUAACCUUACUUUGGCGAAUUCCACAAACUGCCAUACAAAAAGUCAAUAUGACUCAUGAGGGAACAGAUUCGUUGCUAGAAAUCAGUUUCCGAUUACAAUCCACUGGUUGGCAAACUGCUUUGCAUUGGUUGGAUCCUUCUCGAAUAGUGGCUUCGAGUACUGCGGUGAUACCAUCGUGAUUCGUGAAACUGCUACACAAACACAACUG